AACAUCAGAGUCAAGAUGGGGCGGAAGGAUAUCAUCUGCAGCUGGAAGAAAAGCAUCAGUAACAUCAAGGAUGUCUUUGACUUCAAGGGGAAAAUGGGAUCUGGGUCAUUUUCAGAGGUUUUUAUGGUGAGAGAAAAGACAACGGGGAACCUGUAUGCCCUGAAAUGUCUGAAGAAAAAGCACCUUGUUCAUAGCAACCUGGAAAAUGAAAUCAAUGUACUAAGAAGAAUAACACAUGAAAAUGUGGUGGGAUUGGAGGAUUUCUAUGAGACUCGAACACACUAUUACCUGGUCCUGCAACUGGUGUCAGGCGGGGAGCUUUUUGAUCGAAUUUUAGACAAGGGAGUUUACACCGAGAAGGAUGCAAGCACAGUGAUCACACAGGUGCUGCAGGCUGUCAGCUACCUACAUGAAAACAGCAUUGUACACAGAGACCUCAAGCCUGAAAACCUGCUGUACUAUAACACGGACAAGAAUGCUAAGAUCAUGGUCAGUGACUUUGGUCUGUCUAAGACGUUAGAGCAUGGUGUCAUGUCCACAGCUUGUGGGACACCAGGAUAUGUUGCUCCUGAGGUUCUGGCACAGAAACCCUACAGCAAAGCAGUGGACUGCUGGUCCAUUGGAGUCAUCACAUACAUUCUGCUCUGCGGCUACCCUCCAUUCUUUGAAGAGAAUGAAACUCGUCUGUUUUCAAAGAUCAGAAGAGCUGAGUAUGCUUUUCAUUCACCAUUCUGGGACGACAUCUCUGAGUCAGCUAAAGACUUUAUCAGGAAUAUGAUGGAGAAAAACCCCACCAAGCGCUUCACCACUGAACAGGCAAUCAGACACCCCUGGAUUUCAGGAGAUACAGCUAAAGACCUGGACAUCUAUCAGUCUGUCUGUGAACAGAUGGAGAGAAACUUUGCCAAAUCCAAGUGGAAGCAAGCCUUCAAUGCAACCUCAGUAAUCCAUCACAUGAAGAAACUGCAGGGGUCCCACAGUGGUUCCUCCCCUUCACCCCUCUCCAUGCCAAAUAUCAUACUGCAGUCCUCCUCCCAGGAUGAUCUAAAGGUCCUAGGACCCUGCCACGAUGAGGCAGCUGCCCUUGACCCCAACGGGAAUCCUGAUGCCACUCAUCUAUCCUGCAGUCAUCCUGAGUCAGGCAGGGGUCUGUGUCCACCAUUGAGACCCAGUCACAGAGAGCCCUGUGACGCCCUCACCGUCGAGGAGUCAAGAGAAGUCCAUACCUUUAAGUCAACGAGCGACGCCUCUCUCAGGUCGUCCAGGAGCGUGGAUGCUGUGGCUCAGAGGAAGGACCAGCCACUCCAGUCUGGAGUCUGCUCCCUCAUGUGAUUGGCUGGUUAACCAGAAAUUAAUCUCAGUGGAACCGUCUUGGUGUGAAGGUGUCGACACAUCUGGUGUUGAGUGUUUUCAUGUCUGUUGUGGUUCCCUGCUGCAGAAGCAGACACAUGCUGUGUUUUUAUCACAGAAAACACUUCCACAUGGAAUGACUGCUUGCAGUGAACAUCAAAUACAAACAGAUAUAAGCUGGAAUUCAUCACUUAGCUUUUAGACAAACUCCUGUAGCAGAGAUGAUGUUUAUUUUCUUAAAAUAAUUAUUAAUUGUAUGAUACUGCCAUCAAAAUUUAUUUAUUUUCAGUAGCUAUAGGGGACAUAUGCAUUUUUUCAGAGCUUUUUCAGUAAUCACUAAAUUGGUAUUUUCUGCUUUACACCAUAAUACAAUCUGUAAAUGUACCUUUAACCGCUGGACAGUUGGGUCCUUUCUGUCAGUUUUUAAUGCCACAGUCGUGGUUGGAUACAGUAUGUUUUCAGGUUGUCUCUCUGUCUAUCCAAUUAUCAUGAACCCAAUGGUUCAGAAACCUCUGAAGGGAGUCUUUUUUGACAAUAUUAUCAAAAAUUGCAUCUUAAUUCAGGACAAACAUUGUUACUGUGGUGGUAAUAAGAGAAGUUUGCAGUUGAAAACAAAUUUAAGAAAAUUGGGGAUUUUUUACUUUUACUGAGCUGAGAAUUUACCCAGCACAGCAACCAGGGUUCCCGCGGGGUCUUAAAAAGUCUUAAAUUUAAUAAUCGGAAUUUUAGGCCUUAAAAAGUCUUAAAAAGUGUUAAAUUUGAUUAAGCUAGGUCUUAAAAAUGAAUUGGAUUAGGAACCAACUUCACGAUAACUAAAUGUCCGCGUUGCAGAGUAAGCUGUAUGGUAAUCAGUUACCCCCCCAACAAUUCGUAUGGAUAUAAAUCAGCAUGGAACCAUCACUAACUUUGCAGCCCCCGGUGAGAACUUAUCGGAGAACACACAGUGUGUUGGUGAGGAUUGAUGUAAGGACUGCAUAUGAGGAACUUAUUCUUUUUUAGCCGGUUCUGAUUUCCAGCUCCGCUCCAGGUGUGUCCGCUAAAACACGGCUCAGACGACUUCUCUCAGUUAAUGUUCUUUAAUUUGGCAACAGCACAGUACAACAUAUGCAUAUGAAAGGCAGGCAGGAUAUGGGUGGGAAUACGUGUGGUUCUAUAUUAACAAAAUACAUCCUUAUCUAUCCGUAUAUACAUAUUAGCGAGGAACCCACCGAUAACGCUGCACUCGCGCUGACCGAGCAGCCCUAGAAGUGCAAGUUAACUAAUAAAGAACUCUGAAACUACUAAUAACACACA